AUGGCCCACGACGGCGCUCACGAGGCGCAGCUGCCGCGGCUCCGGAACGUGUACGACACCGGUGACGUCAGUGGCGGCGACGGCGCGCCGCGCUCGGUGUUGGUCGCGCAGACUGGGCUGAGCGACAUUGCCGCUGCAACAGCCGUUGGCGGCAGCGGCAGCGCUGCGGAUGCCGCCGAUGGCGAGGCCGCCGCGGCGCACUCGCCGCCGCCGCAGGGCCGUGCCGCUUUGAGGAUCGACUCGUCUCGCGCGCACACGUUAUCGCGUAUUGCGCAUAAGUCCCUUGCCGUACACCAUGCCUAUCGGUUGCGGCUUCAACAAGCUGCGGUUACCGCCGCCGCCGCCGCCGCCGCCACAGCACGUGAGGAUGGCUCGGCGGCCGCAGCAGCUUCGGCAGCCCCGCGUUCGUCAGCGGCGGCGCCUGCCGGUGCACGGUUGACGUCACCCAACCCCACGGCCCUGCGGUUCGCUCCCGCCGUCGCCCAUGCCGUACGGCACGGCCUAGAUGCUAAUACGUCAGCUGCGCGACAGCGUAUAGAUUGGCAGGCGGCGGAGGUGGAGGAGAGCGUGGCGGCGGCGGCGGCCGCCGCCGCCGCCGCGGCGAUGUCGUCCAAGGGUAAUGGCCUGGCGGCGCUGGCGGCGUCGAGGCGCGGCGGCGACGUUGGUGCGUUGAAGGGCCUUGCGAUGUCACGCCUGGCUCGACCACCCCAACAGCCGCCGCCGCAGCAGCAGCAGCUGCCACAGCAGGAUCGGCAGCAGCAGUACGGCAAACAAUCCGAGCUGCUGCUGCGAGCCCUAGGAAGGGGAUCGCCUCUUCGGGAACGCCUUGUCAGCCCUCCCAAGACGAUGGCUGAGGAGACGCCGACGCCGACGUCAACGGCGGCGACGUCGACGUCGACGGCGGCGGCGGUGCAUUUGGCUGGGACCCGUGAAAUAGGGCUUCGACUGGCGCAGCUUCGUCAGCAGCAGCAGCAGCUUCCUGAACAAUUGCACCACCCACAGCAGCAACAGCAGCAACAACAGCUGCCGUACGCAAUGAUAGGACAAGACGAAGCAGUAGCAACGACCGCCGCCGCCGCUGCCGCCGCCGCGGCGGCCCCAGAGGCAGUCGUGGCGUCGUCCCCAGAAGCGCCCUUGUGGAUUCAGGCGCGUCAGCACGCGGCGGCGGCGGAGACGGCCGCGACGGCGGAAGCCGUCGGUAUUGAGGUUCCUGAACGGCUGCCGCACGCCGCCACGGGGCCAUCUGCCUAUGCCCCGCAAAGCCGGCAGGCGGCCACUGCCGCCCAUGCGACAUCCUGGAGGGGCCGCCUGGGCGCCCUGCGACUAGCCAUGUCGGCGUGGAGCCUUCCUGCGCUACAGCAGGGGAUCCGGGACGCAGUACGGCAUUCGUCACCGUCGGCGCGGCAGCCGUCACAGCAGCUGAAGCUGCAGCAGGAGGAGCAACAGCAGGAGCAUAUUUGGAUUGGAGAGGUUGCACCGCCGCCGACGUCGCCGCCGGCGGCGGCCACGUUGCCGACGGCGCAGGCAGAUUCCUUCUUGGGCCAGUCGUUGACGGCGGCGACGGCGGAGCUUGGUGCAGCGGAUGUGGUAGCCGGUACGGCAGCGUCGCCGCCGCCGCCGCAGGCGGCGGCAGCGGUGGCGGAGGCUGCAAUCGCCAGCAGCCGGGGUCCGGAACGAGGUUUCUGGAUGGAGGCGUUGUGGUCCAUGUGGACGGUUCGCCCGCAGCGCGAAGGUACGACGGUACGGCAUGCGGAGCGCAGCGAUGUGGCGGAGAUGCAGAAGGCGGUGGAGGCGGAGGAGGGCGGCGGCGUUGUGGCGGAGCUGAGGAACCGGCUGCCUGUGCUGGAUGCAGCCCCCGCUGCAGCGACGGAGGUGGCGGUGACGGAGGCGGAGGCAGCAGUCCGUACGACCGCAGAGAUGGUAGCUGGCCCGCUUUCAUCGCCGCCGCCACACCUUCCGUCAACCUUGCCGGCGGCAGCGGCGAUGCCGUCGAUGGUGGAUGUCGAAGCUCUCGCCGCUGCCGCCAGGUUUGCGGAUGUUAGGGCGUCUCUGGAGCGCCGGCGCCAGCAGAAAGAAGAAGAGCGGGCGGCGGCGGCGGCGGCAGCGGAAGCGGAAGCUCUGGAGGCGACGGCAGCGGAGGCGGAUACCGGGCCGUUGAUUCCUCCGGGCGUCUUUACGGCAGUGGCGGAGGCAGGGCCGGUGGCGCCAUCGCCGUCGAGCACGGAAGAGGCCAUCCGACAGCUGCUUUCCCAAAUUCAAAUUCAAACGCCGGCUGGCGGCGGCGUGCCCGGCGUUUCGGAUCCGGUUUUACCGCUGCAGCCGUCGGCGUCGCCGUUUUGGACAAGCGGCGGCGGCGGCGGCGGCCGACGGGAACCGUCGUACCAAUGGCCGGCGGCGGCGGAUGCGGGAGCAGGCGGCGGCAUGGGGGUACGCAAUCGCCGUUUGCAAGUAUUGGAACCAGCUGCAGGUGAAGAGGACUGGGCUCGCAGCAUGGCAUCGCUGUACGGCACAGCAGCCAACGCCGGCCAGGCCGCCGCCGCUGCCGCCGCGGAGUCGUACACGGACGAGACGUCGGCGGCGCUGGAUCCGCGGGGAUCCGCCGCCGCCGCCGCUGCUGUCAGCCCCAGCCCCCUCAUGCCGCCCACGACUUCCGGACGGAGGAUACUCUUCGGAGAGCCUCAACAGGUUCUCAUUCCGGAGGGUGUGACGGUUCGAGGUCUCUCAGCCUUGCUGGGAAUCACCACCACGAGGUUGGAGACCUUCCUCCGAGACCAGCUGGGUGAGGUGGUGAGAUCUGAUCGUGAGGAGGUCGCUCCGGAAAGUGCGGAGCUGGCGGCGCUGGAGUUCGGAAAGCUGGGAAUCGUCAAACGAGACGGUUCCCCCACCUCCUCCGGCGCUAUGGAACCCCGCCAGCCCGUCGUGACCAUUCUGGGUCACGUGGAUCACGGCAAGACCUCCCUGCUGGAUGCGCUGAGGUCCACAGCGGUUGCGGCGGGGGAGGCGGGGGGAAUCACGCAGCACAUUGGCGCGUUUGAAGUACGGCUGGCGACGAGUACGGCAGCUGAGUCCUCCCCUUCCUCCCCCGCCGCCAUCACGUUUGUCGACACGCCGGGGCACGAGGCCUUCUCAGCAAUGCGGGCUCGCGGGGCCGCCGUAACAGAUAUUGCGGUGUUGGUGGUGGCGGCGGACGAGGGGGUGAAACCCCAGACCCGGGAGGGCCUGGCGCACGCGCGUUCGGCGGGGUGUCCUGUAGUGGUGGCCAUUACUAAGUGCGACAAACCCACGGCCCGUCCCGACAUGGUGAAGGCCCAAUUGGCGGCGGAGGGACUGGAUCUCGAGGACUUCGGCGGGACCGUGCAGGUGGUCCACACCUCGGCCACCUCCGGGGAGGGCCUGAGGGAGCUGGAGGAGGCGCUACUGCUCCAGGCUGAGCUUAUGGACUUGAGAGCUCCCCGCGAGGGUCCCGCCAGUGGUUCUGUGAUCGAAUCCCGGUUGGAGCGAGGAUUGGGUGUCGUGGCCACCGUCAUCGUGAAGAGCGGGACUCUCAGGGGCUCCGUUGAGGCGGUGAUGGCGCUGGUGAACGGCCUGGAGGAGGAGCAGCGCGCCGCGGCGGCGGCGGCCGGCGGCGGCGGCGGCCGCGUCGCCGUCAAGGUCGUACACGCCGGCGUUGGUCCGCUGUCCCCCUCAGAUCUGAACCUGGCAGUGGCGGCGGGAGCGCACGUGAUGCUGUUCAACGCCGGGCUGGGCCCGGAGGCGGAAUCCUCGCUACGUUCCGCCCAGUCUAGCGGAGUACGGCUGCUGUCGCACAAUGUCGUAUAUCACCUGAUGGAUGCCCUGCGGGCGGAGGUGCAGCGGGCGGCGGCGGACGGGGCGGCGGCGGCAGGCGGUAGCGGCUCCGCCGCCGCGGCGGCAGCACUGGCGGAGGUCGGCCAGGCGGAGGUGGUGGCGACGUUCCCUCUGACGUCUGCCAAGAAAGUGAAGGAUGGCCGCAUCGCCGGUGAGUGA